AUGGAAGCUUGUCACCCUUCACGGCAACCCAAGGUUACUUCAUAUGGGGCCAUGGCUUUGGCCAUCACCACCCUGGAGGCAUUUCCUGGCAUGUGGAUAAAUGCCUUCCUCGUUUGUGUGCUUUGUAUUGCCUGGGUCAAAAAGAAAACCCUGAACUCUAAUGAGAAGAUCUUGCUGCUGCUGGGAUGCUCCAGGUUUUGGUAUUUGUGCUUCUCAUGGGUAUAUGGCUCCCUUUCAAUAACUUAUCCCAAUUACAUUUUUGUUCAACCCACAUUUCAACUAAUUGUACUUUUUCAAAGCUUUUCUAAUUGUUCCAACUUGUGGGUUUCUGCCUGUCUUUGUGUUUUUUAUUGUAUAAAAAUUUCCACUUUCAGGAACAGCUUCUUCAUCUACCUGAAAGUAAAAACAGACAGGAUUGUGCCUUGGCUUUUGUUGGCAUCUUUGCUUUCAGCCUUGGCUAUCGGCAUAAUUGCCUAUGACAUCGCUGUUACAGACAGUAUCAACCACAAUUCCUCUGGGCAAGGAAAUUUUUCAAAAGUUAGUGACAAAAUGGGUGAAAAUUUUUUCCAGAUAUAUUUUAUCUAUGGCUUGGGAUUUGUCACAUCUUUCACUGUAGUCAUCUCUUCUGCCCUUCUCCUUCUCUUUUCUCUCUGGAGACACAAAUGCAAGAUGCAGAAAAACUCCAUGAACAGCCUCAGCAUGGAUGCCCACAUCAAAGCCAUGAAAUCUAUUCUCUCCUUUUUUAUAAUGUAUAGUAUUAACUUUAUAUUUUUGAUUCUGUCACUAAUUCCUUCAACAAAGGAAGAAAAAUAUGUAGCACUUCUUAGUUUAAUAUUUCUGUACGCUUUUCCAGGUGUUCAUUCCCUUAUUGUGAUUUUCAGCAAUCCCAAACUGGAAAAGACACUGAUAAGGAUUAUAUCCUGUGUCUAG